AGAUGGUUCUGUCACGUGGAUGAUGACAAUUACCUGAAUCUGCAUGCCCUGGUAGAUCUGCUCUCUGCCUUCCCACACAAUACGGAUGUUUACGUCGGACGACCUAGUCUGGACCACCCUGUGGAGACUCUGGACAAGGUGAAAAGGCGAUGGCUCGUCAUCUCUGAAGUUCUGGUUUGCAACUGGUGGUGCUGGGUUCUGUAUCAGCCGAGGCCUGGCCCUGAAGAUGAGUCCAUGGGCUAGCAUGGGAAAUUUUAUUAGCACGGCAGAGAAGGUUCGACUCCCUGAUGAUUGCACCAUCGGGUACAUUAUUGAAGGAUUGCUGGAGGUGAAAAUGCAGCACAGCAGCCUCUUCCACUCACACCUGGAAAAUCUCCAGAGACUCCCUCAGAAUUCUUUACUGCAGCAGGUAACCCUGAGCUAUGGUGGCCCUGAAAACAGAAGGAAUGUAGUACGAAUUUCUGGAGCUUUCAGCCUAGAGCAGGACCCAACAAGAUUUAAAACUGUUCAUUGUCUGCUUCAUCCGGAGGUGAACUGGUGUCUUCAGAAGAAGCGUCCUCCUUCCUUGAUAUAA